CGCAGUUAGGUUCCUGUGCUCCGGGUCCCCACUGUUCCUGGCCAUCAUGCCGAUGUUCGUGGUAAACACCAACGUUCCCCGCGCCUCUGUGCCGGACGGGUUCCUCUCCGAGCUGACUCAGCAGUUGGUGCAGGCCAUGGGCAAGCCGGCGCAGUACAUCGCGGUGCACGUCGUCCCGGACCAGCUCAUGGCCUUCGGAGGGUCCAGCGAGCCGUGCGCCCUUUGCAGUCUGCAUAGCAUCGGCAAGAUCGGCGGCGCGCAGAACCGUUCCUACAGCAAGCUGCUGUGCGGCCUGCUGGCCGAACGCUUGCGCAUCAGCCCGGACAGGAUCUACAUCAACUACUACGACAUGAACGCGGCCAAUGUGGGCUGGAACGGCUCCACCUUCGCCUGAGGGCCGCACCCCAAGACUCCUUUGCUCUCGGCCUGGCGCCGCCGGCUCUGUUUUCUGCCUGCCUCGCCCCUAGCGACCCCAGCUCCCGGAAGAGAGAAAUAAACGGUGUGGAGAUGGC